GCGUAGCAUUAUUUUUAGGAAUAACUUGCGCGGAAUUUCAACCGAGCUCUUAUAAGUCGAUAGAAGAUUGUGCUUUGGCAACAAGCGCUGAAGUAAUAUUUUCGACCGAUCCGCUUUACAAUGAUGAUAGAGUGGGAGAGAGAAUCUUGUACUUUGACAUCAGUCCAACGAUACCCAAAAUUAAUAACAUACCCCAAAAAUUCGACGCAAAUUCAAUGGCUC